UUCAACCUAAAAUGGACUUACGUGGCUACAGUCAUUAUCUUCGAAGUUCAAUCUGUUCUCUGCGGCGCUGCUCCAAACAUGAUCGCAAUCAUUAUUGGUCGAGUCAUUGCUGGCAUGGGCGGCACUGGCAUCUAUCUCGGCUGCCUCAACUAUUUUUCAUCUUUAACAACUCCCAAAAGCGUGGAAUCUACAUUAUUUUAA